CUCCCAAAGACUGAUCACGUGAUUAAUUACUGUUCCCAUAAUUAGCGCUCAUUUCGUGCGAAGACAUCAUUCGGCAACACAAGAGCGCGUGUCUCAAGAUCUCAGCGCUUCUCGCGGUCCAAGAGCGCGUGUGGAUCGGGAGCUCGGCCGGAAUCGUUUGCAUUCUCGACACCAAAUCCAAAGAACUCGAAAUCGUUCCGAACGGACACACGGGUCACGUGCGCUUCCUCACGGCCAUCCACGGGCUCGUCAUCUCGGGCGGCGACGGCAUCGAGGUGUACCGCCGGGGCGGCGCCUCCCUGGAGGGCGGGGCCAACGGCGGACGCGACGACUCAACCAAUCACUUGCUUUUGUGGGAAAUUAAUUCCUUUUGUCCGCUUUUUCGCCGCAUUUCCGCUCUUCACGACCCGUACGGACGCCACGAGUCCGCCAACUCUGUGUUCGCCGAAGUUAUGGCCGAAACCAAGGCCAAGAAGUGGUGA